AUGAGCGACGACGAUCGCCGGCGCCGGCGUCGCCGGCGCUCUCGCAGCCGCAGCCGCUCUCGCAGCCGGUCCCGGUCGCGCACCGAAUCCUCGCAUCGGCGGUCGUCCGGUCGCUCGCGCGAUCUGUCGCCGCGAAACCGCUCACGCGAUCGGGAUUCCCGCCGAAGCCGUCGAAGCGACUCGUCCCGAUCUUCUGCACGUCGACGCCGGUCUCGCUCUCGCUCUCGCUCUCGCUCUCGCUCUCGGGACCGUUCGCGCGAUCGUCGCCGUGACCGCGAUCGUGGCCGCGACCGCGAUCGUGGCCGCGACCGCGAUCGUGACCGUCGCCGGCGCUCCCGGUCCCGUUCCCCCUCGCCUGUGAGCGAGCGCCGCCAGCGUGCCAGCCCCCCUCCAGCCGAGCCCCUCUCCCCCAUUCGGUUGCCGGCUCGCAGCAACACCCCCACCGACGAUGGCCGGAAUGGUAGUGCGACAAUUGGCCCCGCGGUACCGGCCCACCUGGCCAACGCGGGUGCCGCUGCCUCUGCUGCUGCGCCCAUUGGGCCACAGCUGCCGGCCGGGCUUGCUCCGCCCGGGGCGGCCAUCGGCCCGGCCCGGCCGCCCGGGCCCCUUCCCCCGGGACCCAUUGCCGGUGCCCCCGGUCCCGGACUCCAUCACAGCGAUUCCGAUGACUCGGACGACUUUGGCCCGAGCAUCACCUCGGCCAUGACCUUCGACCAGGCCCAGCGCCAUGUGAAUGCCGCCACCAUCGACUCUUUCAACUCGGUUUCUCAGGCGCAGCGCAGUCGCUUGGAGGCGGCCGCCGAGCCAGAGGAUGAUGGCUCCACCAAGCGUGAAGAGUGGAUGACCGUUCUGCCGGACAUCAAUCUCUUCGGACCGAGUCGUAAGCGCCUCGGGUCUGGCAACCCCAAUGCUCUCGGCGACCGAUCUGUCUGGACAGACACCCCGGCCGAUGUGGCGCGCAAGCAGCAGGAAAAGCUCCAAAAGAAGGACGACGAGCCAGUCCUCGUGACCCUCCAACGCCCGGCGCUGGCCCCGACUCCCCGAGCCGGGCCGUCUCUCAUGGAUAGCUACUUGAAGAGCUCCACUUACAGUGAGCGCAAGACCGAGGAUGCCCAGUACCGGCCCUUCAACCCGCUGGUCGACAUGGCCGAGCCGACGCAAAAAAGCGCCGCGCAAAAGAACAAGAUGAUCCGUAGUAUCAUGGGCGACGCGUAUGGCCACGCCGGUGGCGGAAUGUCUGGCUUCGAGCGCGGAUGAGAGAGGCCGUUCCCUCCCCCCUUUCCCUGCCUCGCCUCGUUCACCUGUGGUCGACGCUCAAGAAUACACCCUUUGAUCGACUGGAUGUCGUCCUGCCGUCA